AUGAAGCGUUCUGGUGGUGCUGUGCGGCCGCUCACCUUUGUGACGGGCAACGCGAACAAGCUGGCGGAGGUGAAGGCAAUCUUGGGCGAUUCUAUUCCUCUCACGUCCAAGGCCAUCGAUCUGCCUGAGCUUCAGGGUGAGCCUGAGGAGAUCUCCAAGGAGAAGUGCAAGCUCGCCGUCGUUGACGUGCAAGGACCUGUGAUCGUGGAGGACACGUGCCUUUGCUUCAACGGGCUCAAGGGCCUCCCCGGACCCUACAUUAAGUGGUUCUUGGACAAGCUCGGCCAUGAGGGCUUGAACCAGAUGCUUGCCGGCUUCGAGGACAAGAGCGCCUACGCGCUGUGCACCUUCUCCUUCUGCGCUGGCCCCGGCCAGGAGCCUAUUGUGUUCGAAGGCAGGACCGAAGGCAAGAUCGUGCCUGCCCGCGGCCCCACCAACUUCGGCUGGGACCCCAUUUUCCUUCCCGACGGCUUCGACCAAACUUACGCUGAGAUGCCCAAGGACACGAAGAACACGAUCUCGCACCGCAAGCGCGCCCUGGAGAAGCUCCGCACCUACAUUGAGGACAACCUGCACCUGCUGGCCGCCGCCGAAGGCGAGCAACUCGCCGGCGAGAAGAAGAGCAGGGUCGACACCGAGGACCAAGCCGACAAGCCUGCCCAGUAG